UCAGCUUUGACUCGGCGGAGCCCGCCCUCCGUCGCGGCGGCGCGGUGCAUCUUGGGACAGGGAGCGAUCUCCGAGCGAGGCAGCAAGAUGGACGCGGGAUUCUUCCGCGGAACAAGUGCCGAACAGGAUAAUCGGUUCAGCAACAAACAGAAGAAGCUACUGAAACAGCUGAAAUUUGCAGAAUGCCUAGAAAAAAAGCCUUGGAUAACAAAACGAGUAACAGAAAUCCUUGGAUUUGAAGAUGAUGUUGUUAUUGAAUUUAUAUUCAACCAGCUGGAAGUGAAGAAUCCAGAUUCCAAAAUGAUGCAAAUCAACCUGACUGGGUUUUUGAAUGGAAAAAAUGCUAGAGAGUUUAUGGGAGAACUGUGUAUGAAAAAGCAAGAUGAAGACAAAGAUAAAAGAGAUAAAGAAGAAAAAGAAAGUAGCAGAGAAAAAAGGGAGAGGUCUCGAAGUCCAAGAAGAACCAAGAGUCGGAGUCCUUCCCCUGCUCCCGAAAAGAAGGAGAAAACUCCAGAACUCCCAGAGCCUUCCGUGAAAAUAAGAGAACCUUCAGUACAAGAGGCCACUUCCACUAGUGAUAUCCUGAAAGUUCCCAAGCCAGAACCUGUGCUAGAACUUAAAGAACCUUCUCCAGAAAAAAAUUCUAAAAAAGAGAAGGAGAAGGAGAAGACUCGGCCAAGAUCUCGAUCUCGUUCCAAAUCUAGGUCCCGGACACGUUCUCGUUCUCCUUCGCACACUAGACCUAGACGACGUCAUAGGUCCCGGUCGAGAUCAUACUCCCCUAGAAGGCGGCCCAGCCCCAGACGACGGCCAUCUCCUCGAAGAAGAACUCCGCCGAGACGAAUGCCGCCUCCGCCACGGCACAGAAGGAGCAGGUCUCCAGUGAGACGAAGACGGCGGUCGUCGGCCUCCCUGUCGGGGAGUAGUUCUUCGUCCUCCUCAUCUCGCUCCCGGUCGCCGCCAAAGAAGCCACCCAAGAGGGCCUCCAGCCCCCCUCGAAAAACUCGGAGGCUGUCUCCUUCGGCGAGUCCUCCAAGGCGCCGACACCGACCGUCCCCUCCAGCAAGUCCACCACCAAAAACGCGUCACUCCCCAGCACCCCAACAGUCAAACCGCACCAGGAAAGGUCGGGGUUCUGUGUCUCCCGGGAGAACUUCAGGUAAAGUGACAAAACAUAAAGUAGCCGAAAAAAGAGAGUCCCCUUCACCAGCACCCAAGCCUAGAAAAGUGGAGCUAUCGGAAUCGGAAGAAGAUAAAGGUGGCAAAACGGCAGCAGCAGAUUCUGUGCAGCAAAGACGCCAGUACAGACGACAAAACCAGCAGUCUUCCUCUGACUCUGGCUCUUCCUCUUCCUCUGAAGAGGAGCGACCCAAGAGGUCCCACGUGAAGAACGGAGAAGUAGGCAGGCGACGCAGACGUUCUCCGUCCCGGAGUGCCUCUCCAUCCCCACGGAAACGUCAGAAGGAGACUUCCCCUCGGAUGCAGAUGGGAAAGAGAUGGCAAUCGCCAAUGACUAAAAGUGGUAGACGAAGGAGAAGCCCCUCCCCGCCACCCACCAGAAGACGGCGAUCCCCUUCUCCUGCUCCUCCUCCUCCUCCACCUCCUCCUCCUCCUCCUCGGCGACGCAGGUCUCCCACCCCACCGCCCAGGCGAAGGACUCCUUCCCCUCCCCCCCGCCGGCGCUCCCCAUCCCCAAGAAGAUACUCCCCUCCCAUCCAGAGAAGAUACUCUCCCUCUCCGCCUCCAAGAAGAAGAACGGCCUCGCCCCCACCCCCGCCCAAGCGCAGGGUCUCUCCAUCCCCCCCUCCCAAGCGCAGGCUCUCCCAUUCUCCACCCACCAAGAGACGCUCACCUUCAUUAUCAUCCAAGCAUAGGAAAGGGUCUUCCCCAAGCCGCUCUGCCCGCGAGGCCCGAUCACCCCAACCAACCAAACGACAUUCACCCUCACCACCACGGCCUCGAGCUCCACAGACCACCUCAAGUCCGCCCCCUGUUCGCAGAGGUGCAUCAUCAUCCCCACCAAGACGGCAGUCCCCGUCGCCAAGUCUCAGACCCAUUAGGAGAGUCUCCAGGACCCCGGAACCUAAGAAGACACCUGUCCAGUCUCAGUCACCCUCUACUAACUGGUCACCAGCGGUACCGGUCAAAAAGGCUAAGAGCCCAACACCAAGCCUAUCACCGGCAAGGAAUUCGGACCAAGAAGGAGGCGGGAAGAAAAAGAAGAAAAAGAAGGAUAAGAAACACAAAAAGGAUAAGAAGCACAAGAAACACAAAAAACACAAGAAGGAAAAGGCUGUGGCUGCAGCCACAGCAGCUGCUGCCACUCCCGUAGCCACUGCAGCCCCUGCAACCACGUGCACACAAGAAGAGCCAGAGGCCGGGCCGCAGCCCAAGAAGGAGACUGAAAGCGAAGCGGAAGACAACCUGGACGACUUAGAAAAGCACCUGCGGGAAAAGGCGCUGAGGUCCAUGCGGAAGGCUCAAGUGUCCCCACAGUCUUAGACGGGAGGGAGUGUUUGUUACGAUGUAAAUUUUAUUUGGUUUGUACGCAAUUCAAUUUCAAAAUUGCUAAAAUGUGUUUGAGCUUUAGACUAUAACAUUUGUUAUAAUAAUUGCUAGGUUGAAGUUCACCAUGUAAAAAAAGGGGGGCAUGGAUUUACAUUGCAAAAGGUGUCCACAGUGUAUUAGUGACAUUCUUUCAUCGACAGCUGACAUCAAUUCAUUUAGAGUGAAAGAUUUUAAGCCAAAAAAAAAAGAAAAAUCCCUUUUUUAAAAAAGGGGGUUUAAAUAUGGUUGGCAUUCUUCCGGUUUCUUUUAAUCAGUGCCUCUGGCAAUUUCAGAGGCGUUUUUCUUUUUCUUUUUUUUUUUUAAGCUUUUGUCAUUGAAGUCUUAGCGCCCAUUUAAGUUAUACUCUGACCUUAUGAUUUGUAAGCUUGCCCAGAAAUAAGACCACUGUUGAACGACGGCAAAAGUAUAAAUGAACAUUUGAUGCCACGAUCUUUCCUGUUGCCUGUGGAGUCUCUGCUGAAAUGAAUCCGGAUUAGAGCUCUAGAAAGAGACAGAAAACAAAAGCAUGUUAUCUGCCAGGACACUGGGUUUAUAUUGAUGUGUGACAAUUUGAUUUGGAACACUGGAAUUUGAUUCUAUUCUGGUUUUUGUUUUGUUUUUCCCUCCUCUUUUAUAAAGACAAUUAACUAGUCCCAGGAAGGAUCCUUCAAGCUAUGUAAAAUUUUGUUUUUUGAAUGUCAUAGUUUUGUCUUGUUCUUCCAAUUUGGCAUACAGUAUACAGUUUUCAGAGCUCUUGCAUUUGGAAGGCUGGAAGGGCCCAGACUUUGAAAUAGUGUUUGUUUCCACUGUUUCUCUUGUUUUCGUUUUUCAAGUUUUUUGUUUUUUAAACUAAAGCUAUAUAAAGCUUGUGGAUUAAACAGAAUAAAUUUCUAAAUUUAAAAAUG